AAUUCUUUGUUCCUGUUCUCCUACUCUCCGGAAGUUACUUUCCAUCAUGCCUGAGCCCUCAAAGUCCGCUCCAGCGCCCAAGAAGGGCUCCAAGAAGGCGGUGACCAAGGCGCAGAAGAAGGACGGCAAGAAGCGCAAGCGCAGCCGCAAGGAGAGCUACUCCGUGUACGUGUACAAGGUGCUGAAGCAGGUCCACCCGGACACCGGCAUCUCGUCCAAGGCCAUGGGCAUCAUGAACUCGUUCGUCAACGACAUCUUCGAGCGCAUCGCGGGGGAGGCGUCUCGCCUGGCGCAUUACAACAAGCGCUCGACCAUCACGUCCCGGGAGAUCCAGACGGCCGUGCGCCUGCUGCUGCCCGGGGAGCUGGCCAAGCACGCCGUGUCCGAGGGGACCAAGGCCGUCACCAAGUACACCAGUUCCAAGUGAGUCCGUCCACAGUGCAGCGACAGGUCAUUCUCGGCUCUCACCCCAAAGGCUCUUUUCAGAGCCAUU